AUGGCUGAGAAAACCGCCGAACAUAUUGAGGAGGGUCAAGACAAGGUUGGCCCCAACCCCCUGCAGGAACCCUUUUACCUGGAAUACCUUUCAAAGAGCCCGGAAUGGCAUCAGAAGAUGACGAAGACCCUUCUUCGCAAAGUGGACUUCCGCUUACUGCCAUUCCUCGUCGUUAUGUAUUUCUUGAACUUUCUGGACCGCAACAACUUGUCUCAAGCACGGCUUGGUACACUAGAGGAAGACCUCGGGAUGACGGGUACAGACUUCAACUUGGCAACAAGCAUUCUAUUUGUUGGAUAUUUGCUCAUGCAGCUGCCCUCUAAUCUUCUACUCACUCGCCUUCCGCCUUCGCGUUUCCUAGGCGUCGCCAUGGCCUUGUGGGGACUCGUUUCCGCUUUACAAGCUGCUACAAAAUCUUUUGCGGGAUUCGUUGUUGCUCGGUUCUUUUUAGGCUUCGUAGAGGCGCCUUUCUUCCCAGGAGCUGUCAUGCUGAUGUCGAGUUGGUAUACUAGACAAGAGCUGGCCCAUCGUAUCGCGUGGUUUUACUCCGGAAGUUCACUGGCAAACGCCUUUGGAGGUUUGAUAGGUGCCGGAGUGCUGGGAACUCUUGAAGGCGCUCAUGGCAUAGCUGGAUGGAGAUGGCUGUUCAUCAUUGAAGGAUCUAUUACCGUUGGUAUAUCCUUCAUAGCAGCCUCUUUCCUUCCAAAUUUUCCUGCCACAACUUCCUGGUUGAACGAUGAAGAGAAGGCUUACGCCCGAUGGCGGCUAUUUGACGAUGCAAAGGAAGCUGAUGAUCCAGAUUCUGUCAGCAUCGUUCAGGGAUUGAAGAUGGUCUUUGCCGACAAACGUGUAUAUCUUUUUAUGCUGCUUUUGCACACUUCGCUUCUGUCGCAGACCUUUCAAUACUUUUUCCCGACUAUUGUAAAGACCUUGGGAUAUAACAGCGUCGAAACACUCUUGAUCACAGCACCCGUCUGGAUUGCAACGUUUUUGAUCUCACUUCUAGUCACAUGGACUUCUGGAAAGACGAAUGAUCGAAGUCUGCAUAUUAUCGGAUUGAUGUCUGUUACUAUCGUCGGAAGCAUCAUUGCCACUGCGACAACAAAUACUGGUGCCAGGUUCUUUGCCAUGUUUCUAAUGCCAAUGGGAGCCGUAUCGGCCUGUCAGAUCAUCCUUGCUUGGGAGGCGAACUCGUUUCCUCGGCCGCUGGUCAAGCGGUCAGGGGCAAUUGCUGUUAUUAACCUUGUGGGCAAUAGCGCUUCCAUCUACGGCAGCUAUAUGUGGCCGUCCUCAACAGGACCGCGGUAUGUUCCCGGCGGAUCUGCAACCGCUGGAGUAUCAUUGCUAGUCAUCCUCGUGGCGUUGGCCAUCCGUAUUGUCCACGUCAAAAUAAACAAACGGUUAGAAGAAGAUGAGGGUUGGGAAGGUGUUCCAGAGGCGCAGACGACCUCAACUGAGACCCGACCAGUUGGAUUCCGCUAUAUGAUAUAG